AUGCUGUCGUCGCGCGUUCCUCUCGGGCCCAGGUCUAUGUGCCUAUACUGCCAGAUCAAACGCGCAACUCUCCCGCACGUCACCGAGACCCUGCAGCCAUGGAGCCAGCUCGCCAGGUCUGCGUCAACCUUCGCUCGCCGAAAGCCCGCCUCCCGAAUGAGGCUCUCCCCGAACGUCUCCAAGUCAGCACUGCCUGAUGCAAAAUCUAAGAAGCCGGACCGCUUCCAGAAUGGGCCCUGGAGUGCGACUAAUCAGACCCGUGUGCGCCUGCGAGAUAACGCUCGUCCCAGGUCAGACGCUGAGCUUAAAAGAGCAGCAAAGCCUGGCAGAUUCAAGGAGCAAGCCCAGGAGAAGGAAAAAGAUGAAGAUUCAUGGAUCAAGCCUUUGAAAAUGCAGAUUGCCCUUACACCUGUGCCUUAUAACCGUCGCAUGGCAAUCAAAGAGAAGAUUGCAGAUAUCACAUCCUUUGACCAGUUUCCUCUCCUCGAUGUUGUUCGCGAGGCGGUAUAUAAGAAUGCCCUAUCUGGCAUGGAGGAUAUUACCCCAACCCCUAUACAGCGUGUGGCCAUUCCGGCGUUAUUGGGCCACAACAACAAAAUUCCUGCUACCGCUCCCCAGGAUGACCACGCGCCGAAAUACGACCAAUUCCUACUCGCGGCGGAAACCGGCUCCGGAAAGACUCUCGCGUACCUUGUUCCGGUUAUAGACGCUCUCAAGCAUGGAGAGGCUUUUCAAAAGGAACAAGAUAAGAUAGAGGCGGACGAAAAGGCAAGGAAACAAGCGGAGGAGAAGGCUUUGAGAGAAAGGAAUAACGUCUUUGAGCUUGAGUCUCCCGAGCUGACCACCCCAGAUACGCACCCUGAUGUUGCAAAGCCAAAGGUUAUAAUCCUCGUUCCCACCUCGGAACUCGUCAAUCAAGUGGGCCAGCUGGUGAAACAGCUAUCCCACACCGUCAAAUUCCGCUCCGCUCUCAUCAAUUCAUCUCAGACGCCCCGCAGAAUUCGGAAUAGUUUAUUCAAUCCGGCCGGAUUAGACGUCCUUAUCAGCACUCCACAUCUUGUUAGCUCGAUUGCCGAAUCCAACCCAUAUAUCUUAAGCCGUGUCACCCACAUCAUCGCAGACGAGGCGGACUCCCUUUUCGAUAGAUCCUUUGCUCCAAUCACCAACUCCAUAAUAGAGAGAGCAGCAUCAUCUUUGAAGCAGCUGAUUCUUUGUUCCGCCACUAUCCCACGACAUUUGGAUAACCGUUUGCGCGAGUUAUAUCCUAACAUUCGAAGACUCGUCACUCCGAAUCUUCACGCCAUUCCUCGAAGAGUCCAACUCGGUGUUGUUGAUGUUGACAAAGAACCCUACCACGGGAAAAAAUCCCUUGCAUGCGCCGACGUUAUAUGGUCACUAGGCAAGGCGGGAAGCGGCGACGAGGCCGAUGCCUUUGCACGUAUUACCGGAAGCUCGGAGAUGAGGCAUAUAAUUGUGUUUGUGAAUGAGCGCGAAACCGCCGACGAGGUAGCUGAUUUUCUCUCCUCAAAGGGAAUUGAUGCUGUUUCCUUAACCCGCGACACACCCGAAAAACGACAAGCCGAGAUCCUGAACGAAUUCACGCAGGCGAAACUGCAGCUCUCAGAGGAUGACAAGAAAUUGCUUAUGAAGAGCAAGAAAUUCGAUUCAGAGGCAGUCCCCUUCCUGCGGGCCGAUGAACCCAAGAAACCUGAUACCAACUCAAAGUCAUUAGCAAACACGAAAGUACUUGUGAUCACUGAUCUAGGAUCUCGAGGAAUCGACACUGUGGCCGUGAAAACUGUGAUUCUAUAUGACGUUCCGCAUUCAACCAUCGACUUCAUCCACCGCCUCGGCCGUCUAGGUCGCAUGGGCAGGAGAGGUAGAGGUAUUGUCCUCGUUAAUAAGAAGGAUAGGAAGGACGUCGUCAAGGGUGUCCGUGAGGCGAUGUUUAGAGGCCAGGCACUGAUUUAA